UUUAAUAAUCUUUGGUAACAACUGUCUGGCACUAGAUUUUUACAUAUGUAAAUUCGUGGUGAUUGAUUGAUUGAUUCAUUUCAAAUUUUCGUAUAGUAUAUUAUAAUUUUUAAUAAAUUUUAAGCAAUAAUUGUAAAUACUAUAAAUUUAUAAAUCGUUUAUAAAUUUGAAUCUACUUAUAUACUCUGUAUAUAAUAAUAUAUAAUAGAUAGAAGUAUACGCAAAGGUGGGUCGGUCACCUGGAGAUAACUGUAAAAUGUCAUCAACGAAUGUGUGUCAGGCAUGGAUUUGAUGCUGUUCGAUGACACUUGUGAGAGCUGUUGUCACAAUAAUUAUGUUUCAUCAAUGUUAAUUUGAUCAGAAAGAAAACAGCUACCUUAAUACAGAAUCUUCCGUUUAUUAAUUUAAAUAUAUAAAGAAAACAAUUAAUAUGGAGGGACCAGAAGUAACAUUUUUAUUUCAAUUUGGUUUAACACGUGAUACUGUUACUGUUGAAAGCAGCACAUUGACUCUUAAGACUCUUAAAGAAUUUGCUUGUGAUUUUAUAAAUACUAAGUGUCCCGAACAUGGUUUAAAUCAUUUAUUUGAACGAUUGCUUUUAUUUAAACAUGAUUAUAGUUCCACUAAUAUUUUACAACUUAUUACAAAUGCAACUGAAGUUGUUGAUGAAACAUUAGUGGAAAUUGUUCUAACUGCACAAGUGCCAAAUGAAGAAGUUCCCAUUCGUCCCCAUGCUUUAACUGUUCAUUCAUAUAAAGUUCCCACAUUUUGUGAUUUUUGUGGAGAAAUGUUAUUUGGUCUUGUUCGACAGGGCUUAAAAUGUGAAGGUUGUGGAAUGAAUUAUCAUAAAAGAUGUGUUAUAAAAGUACCUAAUAAUUGCUCACAUGAUGCCAGUCAAAGACGACGUAGUUCUGCAAUGUUAAAUGUACCAAGAUCUCCAAGUCAAGGAUCUACUAGUAGUUUGACCAGCAUUAGUGAUGAUAAUCAUAGUACAAAUAAUACACCGAAUGCAAGUCAAAAUAAUAGUACUUUGACAAUACCAAGUAUAAUGGCACCGAAGCAAUCUCGUUCUCCUUCAUUGGGAGGAAGACCAGUAUGGGUUGAACGAGAAUUAGCAACAAGAAUAAAAAUUCCACAUACAUUUGUAGUACAUACUUAUACCAGGCCAACAGUAUGUGGAUAUUGUAAAAAAUUAUUACGAGGUUUAUUUAAACAAGGCCUACAAUGCAAAGAUUGUCAAUAUAAUGCACACAAAAAAUGUAUCGAAAAAAUACCUAAAGACUGUACUGGAGAAAAUCCACGCGAUAAUACAGGUAAUGAAUAUCCUGAUAGUGGUGUGGGUAGCGAACCAGAAGGAAAAUGUGAUAAUAGAAAUGAAGAAGGUGAUGGUGAUAGUGAUGCUGAAUCUCCUUCACCUCCUCAACAUUCGUCUUUUGUAGUAGAUGAAACAAAGACAUCUGACGAAUACAAUGAUCAAGUUCCAAGCAAUGAUGAUAUUAUUUAUGAUGAAUUUCAAAAAUCCAGACCAUCAAGUUGCAGUUCUACACCAAGCAAUAAUAUUCCUUUAAUGCGCAUAGUGCAAAGUGUUAAACAUACAAAACGUCGUGGUUCAAAAGUUUUGAAAGAAGGUUGGAUGGUACAUUUUACAAAUCGUGAUUCAAUGAGAAAAAAACAUUAUUGGCGACUUGAUACAAAAGCUAUAACAUUAUUUCAAAAUGAAAAUAGUUCCAAAUAUUAUAAAGAAAUUCCAUUGGUUGAAAUAUUAUCUAUUGAAAGUGCUGAAACAUCCCAUUCACAUAUAAUGCAUUGCUUUGAGUUAAAAACUGCCAAUAUUGAUUAUUAUGUUGGAGAAGAUUCUUCAUAUGGAGAUAAUUGUAGCCAAGUUCCUCCACCAGAAAGUGGUAUUGGAGCACAUAUAGCUAGAUCAUGGGAAACUAGUAUUAGACAAGCAUUAAUGCCUGUAACUACCAUAUCCACCAAUCAGGAACAAUCUACAGAACCUGAAGAAAAUAUCACAGAUAUGUCUCAGUUAUAUGAGAUAUUUCCUGACGAAGUUUUAGGUUCUGGACAAUUUGGCACAGUAUAUGGAGGUAUUCAUCGUAAAAGUAGCCGAGCAGUUGCUAUUAAAGUUAUUGAUAAACUACGUUUUCCUACAAAACAAGAAGCACAACUUAAAAAUGAAGUUGCAAUUUUACAAAAUCUUUCACAUAGCGGAGUAGUUAAUUUAGAACGAAUGUUCGAAACCCCUGAACGAAUAUUUGUAGUUAUGGAAAAAUUAAAAGGCGAUAUGCUGGAAAUGAUAUUAAGUUCAGAACGUGGUCGUCUUAGUGAAAGAGUAACGAAAUUCCUAAUUACACAAAUAUUAGUAGCAUUAAAACAUUUACAUAGCAAGAAUAUAGUACAUUGUGAUUUAAAGCCUGAAAAUGUAUUGCUAAGUAGCGAUAAUGAAUUUACACAAGUGAAACUUUGCGAUUUCGGUUUUGCCAGAAUUAUAGGAGAAAAAAGCUUCAGAAGAAGUGUUGUUGGUACUCCUGCAUAUUUAGCACCAGAAGUUUUAAGAAACAAGUGUUACAAUCGUUCUUUAGAUAUGUGGAGUGUUGGUGUAAUUAUUUAUGUUUCUUUAAGUGGUACAUUUCCAUUUAAUGAAGAAGAAGAUAUUAAUGAACAGAUUCAAAAUGCUGCUUUUAUGUAUCCACCUAUUCCUUGGCAGGAAAUCUCACCUGAUGCAAUUGAUUUAAUUAAUAAUUUAUUACAAGUAAAACAAAGAAAACGUUAUACUGUGGAUAAGAGUUUACAACAUGUCUGGCUUCAGGAUUAUCAAACAUGGUGUGAUUUACGAGAAUUAGAAGCAAAAGUGGGAUAUCGUUAUUUAACUCACGAAAGUGAUGAUGCUCGAUGGUUAGCAUAUAGUAAUCAGUGUACAUGACAGAAUUAUCCGCCUUCGUUAAACAUCGAAACACUACCAAAUAAUUUGUCUAUACAUAAAGGCUGGGCACGUAGUGCUCGAGCUACAUUACGACGUUUUAUUCGUGCCUGACUUGAAUACAUUCAAUUCAUGAAAGGGAGUACAAUUAAUAUUUCAUUAUAAAUAUCAGUAUAUUGAUAUUAAACAAAACUAUAUAUCUUCCAAGAUAUUUUAUGUAGAAAAUAAAAAUUAUUAUGUAGAAAAUUACUUAGACUGCAUUCGUAAGAUAAGAUACUCAAUGGAUAUAUGAAAACAACAGCAAUUUUUUUAUGAACAUUCUUAAAUUUUAGUAAUGAAUUUAAACAUGUUUCAUUAUAUAUUAUUAAAUUAUUUAAUAAAAAUUUUUUGCUCUAAACAAAUUAUGAAAAAUAUUCAAUUAUGAAAAAUAUAUAAAAUAAUAGAUAUAAUGUAAUCAUGACAUUUUUGAUAAUUAUUUAUCUUAUCAUAAUAUAAAUAAUUGUUUCAUGCUGUUUUAUCAAUCUAAUAUAUUGAAUAUAUAAUCUUUUUUGAAAUAUAAGCGCUAAUAUAAAUAAUAAUAAAUUUUCAAGCUUAAUAUAGAAAUAUAUGCAUAGAAUAUUUUAUAACUUUGCAAAGAUGCUUAAAAUAGAAUAAUUAUAAAAUUAUAAUAAUUAAAAUAACAGUAUAUAGCAGUAUAUAUGAAUUACAAAAUAUAUGUAUAUUUCUUUUAUAUACAUAAAAUCUUUGGGGUAUGGUUAAGAAUAUUAUUGUAGAAAUUUCUUAGCAAUUCAAGUUUUUCAUAGAUUAAAUUAAUAUAUAUUAUGCUAUGAUAAAUUUAUUGUUCGUAUUUUCGCUUUAAAAUAUUUAAAUUUAGAAGUUAAAAAUUUUGACAUUUAUAACUCAUGUCAAAUUCUUUUAAGAACUUUAAUGAAAAUAACUAAAAAUUAUAAAAUCGUGAAUAAAAUAUAUACUGUAAUUUAUUGAUUUUUAUGUGAUAAAAAAUAAGAUUAUUGCAGAUUAUGCAGUCUUCUUAAACUUUUGAUCUUAUAGAUCAUAAUAAACUUUAUAAGCAUUUUUCUUUAUUUUAUUAAUCAUAAUAAGUAAAUUCAUAAUUAAAUAAAUGUAUUCUAAAUAAUUUAAAAUUUAUCAUAUAUACUUAGAAAAAAAUUUCUAUAUAACAAUAUUAUAAUUACUGUUGUGAUAAAUUUUGUAUUAGAAAAUAGCAAAACAAAUUUUUUUUUAAACUACUUGAUAAUUAGUAUGUAAUAGAAAUAAUAAUAAAUUUCAAGUUUUAAAUAUAUUUAUUAUUUUUUUGCAAUAUUGUUUUAUUUUUUAUUAUUUUAUUUAAAACAAAAUACAUUCCAAUCAGAAAGGAAAUUAUAUAUUUUUUUUAAAUAUUGUGUUCAAUCCAUUAUGUUUUCUAUAAUUAAUAGGAUAAAAUAAAAUUUAUAAAGUCAUUAAUACAUAUACAUAUACAUAUAUAUAUAUAUAUAUAUGUUUAUUAAAAAUUUAAAAUUUUUGUUUAGUUUAUAUUAAAAUCUUAAAAAUUAAUACUUCAUUAUAUUAAAAUUAUCAUAUUUUUUAAAAUUAUUUUUUGAUUAGAAUAUUUAUUCAUUUUUCUUAUUGAUGAUAAAAACUGAUAAUAAUAAUGCAUAGUGAUAGAACAAAAAUAAUUUAAAAUCAGAAAAUUCUCAUUGAAAAAUAAUUUUAUUAUUUUUUUUGAAUUCAGAAAUAUAUAAACAAAUAUAUAUAAAUGUAUUUUUUUAUUUUUUAGAUAAAUAUUUUAUAAUAAUUGACUUGUUUUUGGAUAGUAAUAUUUUAAUAUUUUAAUAGAAUAUUGUAUUUUAAAACAAAUAAUUUUUCAUUUAUAAGUUUUAUAAAUAUAAUGUAUGAAUAUAGAUGAUGCCAUUUUACUUAUGUAUCAGUUAAUUACCAGAAUCUUAUAUGAUUUCCAAAAUACUUAAUUAUUUUAUUUGAGAUUAUAUUUUUUUAUAUGUAAUUAAUUUAACAUCAAAUGCACAAAUAUGGCCUAUAUUUUUUUAAAAAUUUAAAAGUUUAAAAAAAUAUUUUAAUUAUGUAACAAAUAUAGUAUAUUGCUAUCUUUAUCUUUUUAUUUUCUAAAACAUUUAUAUAUUAUGAAUAUUAAAAAUAGUAUAUUAAAGUAGUCAAUAUUGCGAUAAUGAAUUUAAAAUAUAUAUAAUUGCUACUAUAAUUUUAUAAUAAACUUUCCACAAAUAUUUUCAUUUAUAUACAUAUAAAAAGAUUUGUGCAAUAUCAAUAUAUAUUGUUAUAUUUAAAAUAUAACUUUUUUUAUAUAUAUAACAAUAAAUAUAUAUUGUUAUAUUUACUAUCUCUAUUAGAUUGAUAAUAGUUUAAUACUUAACAUUAUGUUCUAUCUAUAUUUUAAUUAUUUGUACAUAUUAAAUUUAUUUAAAAUUUUAUAUUACUUAAAAAUAUUUGUAAACGCUAUAUUUUAUAAAAACUAACUAUGUAUUUUUUUGAACUUAAUUUAUAAUAUGAUUUAUAAUUAACAAAAAGUACUUAAAAAAAAGACAGUAAUAUUAUUAUAGAUUUUAUGUAUAAUUAACAAAUUUUCAAAAACUUAUUGUUAUUUCAUUAUUGUAUUUAUUAUGGUAAUGUGAAUAAAUAAAUUAUUAAUUAAUAGAA